AUGGCGAGCCCCGUCUCCAGAGGCGCUGCCACCAGCAUCCCGCCCAACAACGUGCCCAACGCCGCCUCUCCAACAAACAGCCUCAGCGGCGGUUCUCUCAACGGCCAUGACAACGGCAAUGGCGGUGCCCAAAAGGACAGCAGCAGCAGCAUGGACAUUCUGCCCCACGAGAUGCCGACAUCGUCGUUCGAUAUCCUCCCAAACCCUUCGUCCACCCCUACGCCCAGCAAUCCCGGCAUCCUGCCGCCCACUUCGACGACAGUCAUCAGCUUCAACAACACGGCCAGCUUUGGCCCAAACCUAACCGACCGUGUCUUUUACACCGAGUACAGGGCGAAGACCUUUGCUUGGAAGUACGACUCCUCACACACGAAUCUGGUCAACAUCUCCUGGUAUGGCACGAAUAUCACCGGCAAGCCUUUCAACGUGUCUCAGGCGACUGUCAUUGCCUCUGCUGAAUUCAAUGGGUCUACGUCUCCGGAGUUUAUGAAGCUCAGCGACUUCAACGCAGUCCUCAACCUCACAGCCCCCAAAGUAAUCCCCUGGUACGAAAAAGAAAUGGUCGUCAAAAUCUCAUGGACAACCCAAGACGAAGAACAAGGCUUCUCCCAAUCCGGCGUCUUCACCGUCGCUCGCAGCGACGACCGCUCCUUCAGCGCAGCCGACUUCACUCGUAACGUCACAAAGGCCGAGCAGGACAGGCAGGGCUUCGAAUCAAUCACCUCCCAGGGCAGCCAGAGCACUCCAAGACCUUCCGGUAGCAGCAGCAAAUCUUCUGGCGGCGGCGGUCUCAGCACAGGCGCCAUCGUCGGCAUCGCCGUGGCCUGUUCCGUCGUCGGCAUCACCCUCCUCGCCGGUCUGGUCUGGUUCCUCCUGCGUCGCCGAAGACGCCGCUCCAUGGGCGAGGGCUACAAGGCCACGCGCCAGACCACAAACUCCUUCACUGCCGUCAAGGAGGCCCGCCCUUCUGUCGCCGAGUCGCCCAUCAUCGUAUCACCCUUUUCCGACGACGGCGAGGCCCGCGGCUUUUCACACUCCAAUAUUGCCAUUGCCCUGCCGCAGCGGGGCUCGACGCCGAGAGCGGUCCCGGCGAUCAAUGAUGAGGGCAGCAGGGAUCGUCCAGAGUCUGCUGCGUCGGGCAACAGGUCGCGCGGCGGCAUCGCUCAUCUCGUCGAGGACGGCAUGACGGAGGCGGAUAUCCUGCGCCUGGAAGAGGAAGAGCGGCAUUUGGAUGCGGAGAUUGAGCGCGCUGCCCGGAGAGGCUCUUCUUAA